UAAGUAUAUAAGGUUUAUUACAGAGGAUUGUUGACUGGGAAGAUAUAAUCCGGAUUUAACUUUAAUGUGAGGAUCAUUUCAACCAUAUCAUACAAUGCAGUAACAACCACGCCAACAAGACUGUCAUAAAUAUCAUCUGUCCUGAAGAGUUGAAAUGGCUUAUUCACAGAUCCGUCUGAAAAUUCUCCCCAGUGUUCGCUGCUUUUUUGAUAAAAUGGUUCAGAUUAAAUUGGAAGGACUUGCCCCUCACAAACGAGUAGAGCUGAGGUCCAGACUGGUUGAUGACAGAGGGAUAGUUUUCAAAGCCUCUGCCCAGUACAAAGCAGAUGGAGCGGGUCAGGUGGACGUCUGCCGGGCCCCCUCUCUGGGUGGGAGUUAUACAGGAGUGGAGCCUAUGGGUUUGUUUUGGGCUUUGUCUCCUGAGACUCCACACAAUAAACUCCUGAAGAAGAAUGUCCUCAGCCCAGUGCGGGUGGAGAUUGAAGCAUGGAGUGGGGAGACUGGUGAAGUUUUAGCCUCUGAAACCAACGAGAGAGAGUUUAUGACUGAAGGAAUGAAGAGAAUACCUGUAAAAGAAGGCCGAAUAAGAGGAGUCCUCUUCAUCCCACCUGGAAAUGGCCCAUUCCCUGCAAUUGUGGAUUUGUACACUUUUGGUGGUCGUCUAUCCGAGGUCAGAGCCAGCCUUUUGGCAAAUCAAGGUUUUGUUGUUCUAGCGCUUGCCUAUCUUGGCUACCAGGAUUUACCCAAAACACCUGAAUACCUGGAUAUGGAGUACUUUGAAGAGGCUGUAACAUAUCUGAGGGGCUGCUCUGAGGUUAAAGGCCCUGGCGUCGGUGUCAUAUCCAUCUCUCAUAGCGGUGCCUUGGCUUUGUCCAUGGCAUCUUUUCUCCCUGGUAUCUCGGCAACCGUCUUCAUUAACGGCUGCAUUGCCAAUUGUCUGAUUCCAUUACACUACAAAGACAUUGUUGUGCCUCCACUUCCAUUCAACACAGACGAAGUGGAAAUCAUAGACUCGACCCUCUUGGAUAUUCGUUAUUGCAUGGCUGAUUCCACCUUGGAGGAGAACCGACCAUGUAUGCCUCCGAUAGAACGUGCUACCGGCCACUUCCUGUUCGCUGCUUCGGAAGACGACCACAACUGGCGCAGUGUGUUCUACGUCAAUCAGGCUGCAGAGAUAUUAAGAAGUCAUGGCAAGGAAUCAUUCGAGGUGGUGACGUAUCCCAACGCAGGACACUUUCUGGAAGUCCCCAACAUGCCUUUUUGUCCGUCCAGUGUCCACGGAGCAAUAGGGAUGGCUGUGACGUUUGGUGGGGAGGCAAAAGCUCACUCUGAGGCUCAGCUGGACCUGUGGGAGAGAGUCCUGAAUUUCUUCAAGAGACAUUUGAACAAGAGCAGUCAUUAACCCACAGUGGUGCAUCAGAAUGACACUGGCCUUUAACUCCUAAUGAAUCACAUGACCAUAAGGGUGUAAUGGCAAAAGAUUAUCACAGAGAUUAUAUUGUGCCUGAUGGCUUUUGGCUGUUUA